GUAUGUAAAAGUCAAAAUCAAAAAAAAAAAACAAAACAAAAAAAACAUAGUAGCAGUAGCAGCUCGUACAUACAUACAUGAAAAACAAAAACAAAUUCAAUCCCUUUAAUUGCUAUUAACAUUAAAUUAGCCGCUUCAUGUUAGAGGAAAAGAAUGCGAAUUCUGAAGAGCAGCUGCGGUAUCCUCAUAAAAUCAAACUCAUUUAUUAAUAAUUUCGGAGAAUGUAAUUUGAAAUCUUUUCGCAACAAUAACUUGUUUAAAAGAAACAUUAUGUCUGCCGGAGGCGGCGGAGAUUACGUUAAGGGGAAUGUGUAUCCCAACGGUCUCGCUCUUCUCACUCUUGAUCGUCCCAAAGCUCUCAAUGCCAUGAAUUUAGAUAUGGAUUUGAAGUAUAGAAAGUUUCUUGAUGAAUGGGAAGUUGAUCCAAAGGUGAAAUGUGUUUUGGUUGAGGGAAGUUCACCACGCGGUUUCUCUGCAGGUGGUGAUGUGAAGCAGAUUUCAAGUAUAAAGGAACUGUCGGAUCUUAUUGAGGUGUUUAAUGCUGAAUACUCUCUUAUAUGCAAAAUCUUCGAGUACAAAAAGCCAUACAUUAGCUUCAUGGAUGGCAUAACAAUGGGCUUUGGUAUAGGUCUAUCUGGUCAUGGUCGCUACAGAGUCAUAACGGAGAGGACUGUUCUUGCCAUGCCAGAGAAUGGAAUUGGCUUGUUCCCCGAUGUUGGGUUUGCUUAUAUAGCAGCAAAGGGUCCAGGAGAAGGAGCUGUCGGUGCUUAUCUUGGAAUGACUGGAAACAGGGUGUCUACCCCAGCGGAUGCACUGUAUGUGGGUCUUGGAAACAACUUUGUUCCAUCUGGAAAUCUGAGCUCACUCAAGGAGACUCUGUUGUCGACUAGCUUCUCAGAAGAUCCACAUCCGGAAGUCCAAGCAAUAUUGGCACAGUAUAAUUGCAAUCCGGAAUCAGAGCCUCAACUGAAGUUGCUUUUACCACACAUAGUUUCAACAUUUGGUACAAACAAGUCUGUUACAGAUAUAAUACAAGAGCUAGAAAAGAAUCAGAAAAGUGGUGAUUCUACAGUUGCACAGUGGGCAAAGGAUGCUCUUUCAGGGAUUAAGAAAGGUGCUCCAUUUUCACUUUCCUUGACACAAAGGCAUUUCUCUAGAGUUGCCUCUGCAUGUGAAAUUGACAAGAAUGAGUUGUCCACUUUGCCAGGUGUGAUGAGAACCGAGUACCGCAUUGCUUUAAGGGCUUGCCUUCGAAGUGAUUUUGCUGAAGGGGUUCGAGCAGUAUUAGUGGAUAAGGAUCAGAAUCCCAAGUGGAACCCAUCAAGCCUAGAGGAAGUUAAAUCAAGUGACGUGGAAGCCAUAUUCCAACCGUUGGGCUCAGUUGCUGAUGAACUGGAUGUUUGAAUUUUGAAUAUUUGAAUACCGUCCUGGUUGAUUCUUAACUAUAAAGAUUUACUUUCUUUUCAGUACCAAACUAUCGAAGCUCAACCUAUAACCAUUGAUUUGCCUGUUCAGUCAUUGGCAAGUUAUAGUUAUAUUAAAUAAAAGAUUGAUUUAUCAUGUAAA